AGUAUUAUAAUUAAACAACUUCAAGUGCAAUAAUCAAUAAGCCCAACCAUUAUUGUAAGCAGCAAAACAAUGAGUAAAAUUGCACUCUUAGCUUUCACCUUAAUCCUGGUGGCUGCUGAAAUACGGACUAUUGUAGGUUCUCAAUUAGCUUAUAAUGCUGAUUAUGGCUCACCCAUACACUACUCGGAUGUACCCAAUUGUGACUCUUCAUAUGGUUAUGCUUAUGAAGCUCCCUUUGCCGCUCCAUUACCAGUAGCACCGAUUGCAGCUCCUUUACCAGUAGCACCCUUAGCUGCCCCUCAUCGUUAUGCUGCUGUAAGCUAUUCUGCACCACCUAUAUUUAGAUAUCGUAGUAGAGGUUUCCGAUUUGCGCCUUUCAACUCUUAUGCUGCGUUACGUCCUCAUCAUAAAUUUGCUUACCCAGCUCCAGUACCUUCGUUUUAUAAUGCACCUCCAUCUGUGUCCUAUGGUUCUCCUGCCAUAACAUAUAAUGCUUUUGCGACUCCUAAUACUGUUCUUAAAUUUGGUCCACCAAUUACCACCACUACUACUACUUAUUCAGCGACGGCUGCUGCUGCAGCUACCGUACCCGUGCCUCAACCUCUAAACGCCGUUGGAGGUUGGUAAACUAUUGUGUGAAAUAGUAUUUUAUUUUUUACAAAUUAAGUUUUUAUGUUAAUUUUGUUUUAUUGUUUAUUUUUGUUAAAUAAAAAAGCUAUUA